AUGAUGCGUGUGGGCAUCAAAAUUCAAUCAACGCUCACAGCUGCUAUUUAUCGAAAAACUCUGCGAUUAUCAAGUUCGGCAAGAAAAGGCAAAACAGUAGGAGAAAUUGUUAAUUUGAUGGCAAUCGAUGUUGAACGUUUUCAAACAGUUGCACCGUAUAUCCAACUGCUUUGGUCUUGCCCAUUCCAGAUUACAUUAGCUUUGAUUUAUCUGUUUUACACGCUUGGAGCAUCGGCAGCUUGUGGUGUUGCUGUCAUGAUUUUAUUUCUGCCAUUGAACAUUCUCAGUUCAGUUAUUAUCAAAAAAUGGCAGGUUUGCGAUGAUUCAGUAACAUUUUUUUGA